AUGGUAUCAGCAACGGAUGCAUCACCGCGAACUAUUGACCUUGAUGAUUCAAGGUUGACUGAGCAGAAGAUGGGGGUUUUUAAGUACCGUAAGGGUCAAAGUACCAUCAUCGAGGACAUUGACAGCGAUCGUUGGUCUUUGUUUGAGGCCUCUGAAGAACUAAAGCAGUUUGGUUACUUGCAGGCCAACAUUGUUGCAUUGUGGUAUAAAGAUCCAAGCUUUGAUGAUUUGGAGACUUGCUUGGAGAUGCUGAAGGGUGACACAGAAGCAAUCGAGAUGUGCAACAUUGCUGGGUUACGGGGCUUGGUAGAGUUGUAUGUGGUUCAUGAUGUGGGCGAUGCCGAGUCGUUUCCAGAAGUGGGUUACGUUGACAUUAGGGGAGUUGCAGAAGAGGGAACAGAUGAUGGGCUUGGCUUGGUUUUUUUCGAAGGGCACAAGGCUGAGGCAGCAAGGGCCAGUGCCGAACCUAAUGAGGCAACCGAGGGUGGAGAUGGGGGGGAUGAGUUUGAGGUAGAUGGAAGUGAGUCCAAUGAUGAAGACAGUGAGGACCCUGAGUACAUGCCAUUUGAUGAGCAGGGGGACAGUGCAGGAGAGGUGCACUUCACUGAUAGUGAUGAGGAUUUUGAGGGUGAUAGUGGAUUUGAUGAUGGUAAUUCUGUACCGAAAAAAGCUACUGCUGGCAAGGAAAAGGGUAAAGGUAUAAAUAAGUUUAGUGAUGAGGAUGGAGCAGAUAGUGAUGAGUUGGAGAUGGACCACAUGAUUGGUGGGGAUGAGGGGGAUGAUGACAAUGCUGAGAAUGAUGCUGAUGAUAUAUCAAAUCGUGUGGGUCAAAGGUUUCCAGUUCAUAAACCUUUGAAGGAUAUGAGCAGCUAUAGAUGGGAGAUAGGGACACUUUAUGCAUCCAAACAAGAAUUUAAGGAGACUUUGCUCGCAUAUGCAGUUCAUACAGCUAGGAGCAUCAAAUUUAAGAAGUGUGAUUUGGUCAAGGUUAGAGCUGUGUGUCAGAAGGACUGUCUAUUUUGGCACUAUGCACAUAGGGUUGGGGAUGAAUCCACCUGGUAG